AUGGCCAACCUCCCUGCGCAGCACCCCACGCUGUCGCUGCACCUCGCCGACGACACCCUCACCCCGCUCAUCACGUCCUCGCGGUCCCGGGCGCACCUCGAGUCGCUCACGUCGCUCGCCACGUCGGCGCUGACCAGCCAGACGGCCGCCCACCGCGUCGGCAUGGGCGUCGUGGAGCGCAUCAUGGUCGAGUACCCGCCGCCCGCCGCCGCCGCCGUCGUCUUGCAGUCAUACCUGCAAGCGCCGCCUGCAGCCGAAUGUGCUCCCUCGGAGACAGCGCCGGCGGCGGAGGGGGAAGAGGGUGAUGAAGAAGGCGAGCAGCAUGGUGUGGCGCCGGGGCUGGUGAGCGUGGUCGUCGCGAGGAGCCCGCAGGACGCGCGCGAGGCCAAGAGGGCGGCGGCCAGGCUCGAGAGGGUCGGGCGGGAGUUUCAGAGCCAGUGGAGCGCGACGGGUGUGUCUUGA